AUGGCCAUCGACGACCCUCGAGUGGAGUGGAUUAAAAACGCAGUUUGUGUCAUGUUUAACCUGCCUGAUUCAGGCUGCUUUGAGGAGUUACUCGCCCGCGCUGAUGGAGACGAGGAGCAAACAAUCUUACACUUUUUAAAUGCAGUUACUGAAGAGGAGGAGACGUCAACGCUUUAUUUCUUCAAGUAUAUAAGGGAAGAAGAGGUUGAGGUGGAGGUUCCUGGCGUAAUUACAAGCCAAGAUUCAACAGAAAUUGGGGAGAAUGGCACUGAGAGAAGUCACUCUUCUGAAGAAUCUCUCACAUCAAGCAGAGCCAAAACACCCGUUGACAGGGGAAAAGGUUCAAAAGGUCAAAAAGAAAACAGUCAGGAGUCCUUACACCCAACAGAAGACUCUCAGAUUCAAGAUUUUGCAGUUAAGGGCCUGCCAGAAGCCACAAAUGAGGAUAAACCUCAUCGCAAUAUUGAGUUUAAGGUUGUGUAUCAUGUUGAGCUUCAUGCGGCUGUGAAUAACAUCCCGGAGAGAUUUGUGAACUACAACGUUGUCUACUUUCUGAGGAACACUAAUGAAACUAUCAGUGAACCUGUGGAUGUCAGUGAGGCUGAUCAAUUGAUGCCCAAACUUGUUGAGUUUGGCAGGAUGAAUGGUCACCCCUUAAUGGUGUUUAGAGGCCUUCUCAACCAUAUCUAUAUCCCUCUUCUGUCAGUGAACCAGUUAAGGCUCACUGAUGGUGGCUAUAAUGGGGCAGCUGCCUUUCAAGACAAGGAUACGGUGGUUGAGAUAAUAGAAGAUGAGGUCGAUGAGCGGCAGCUUUUGGAAUCUUAUGGUGCUUUGGAGUUUAGAGAUGAACUCCUUAGCGCUGCAUAUAAAUUCUUGGGGGUCAUGGAUAACACCCUGCAGCAGCUGGAAGGUGAAUUUAAAUUAGACAUUCCAGAUCUGGAUUUGAAUGGUGAAGUGGAGGUGAUUUCGUCCAAUUUGACAAUGGUGGAGAAGCUUGAGCUGUGCAUGAUGAACUGGCAAACACAAAUCACUAUUGUCAUUGAAGAGCAAAAAAGGAAGAAACCGCAGGGACCUGGACCUUUGGCAGAGAUUGACUUUUGGCGUGAACGUACUGCUGUCCUGAGUAAUGUAAAUGAUCAGCUAAAGCUCCCAGUGGUCAAGAAGAUUAUGGAUGUGAUGAUUCGAGCAGAAUCAUUCACAAUGCAGGAGCUGGAAAAGACAACAGCUGAGCUUAUUAAAUAUUAUGAGGAGUCUGUCAACAAUGUACAAUUUCUUAGCACUUUGGAACGACAAUUUAAGAACCUUGCCACAGGGGUGGAUUUUAAAGUGGUCUUGAACACUAUUCCUGAAAUUAUGAAGGGGUUGCGAAUGAUCUGGAUAAUAUCCAGGCAUUACAACACAGAUGAGCGUAUGGCAUCUCUGAUGGAAUCCAUUGCCUGGGAACUGUCGGAACGGGUUGCCAGAGUUGUGAACAUCCGUGUUCUUUUUAAAGACAAAAGGGUAGUGGCCAAAGCCAAGGCUAAGGAUGGAAAGCAAGUCUUGGAGCGCUGGAAGACCUGUUAUUUUGAGGUCCGGGCACGGAUUGAGUCAUCAGAUCGAGAUCCCCGCUGGGAAUUCGAUCGCAAAAAGCUGUUUGAAAAGACAGACUACAUGGCUUCAAUCUGUCAGGAUUUGUAUAACGUCUUGCAGACCAUAGAUGAGUUUUACAUUAUCUUUGGACCUGAGUUAAAAGCAGUGACAGGAAAUCAGAAGCGAAUAGAUGAAGUUUUACGCCAAGUAGACUGCCUCGUCACACCAUUUGAGGAACUUACUUUUGACCCUUUCGACAUCUGCAAAAUGGGAAGUUGGAAGAUGGCCAUGCAAGAAUUUAAAACAGAAGUCCAGGCUAUUGAAGGAGAAGCUAUCAAUUUCAUUGAUCAGUCCUUCAAGUCCCUGCGUUCUGCCUCUGCCGCCUUUGACCUGCUGCUAAAAUUUAAACACAUCCGCUCCAGAGAUGCCAUCAACAAUCAGUUAAUGAAGAAGUUUAACGAUAUCCUCGCUCAGUACGCCAAAGAGGUGGACUUUAUAAAUGAUAUAUUUGUGAAGCACAAGGACAAUCCCCCUUUGAAUAAGAAUCAGCCUCCUGUGGCAGGAGCCAUUUACUGGGAACGUUCGCUGAUGGAGCGCAUAACAAGCCCCAUUGAACGUUUUAUGGAGAUGAAAGAGAUGAUGGAGAGUAAAGAGGGCAAAGCAGUAAAAGCCAAGUACACAGAGGUGACAAGUUGUAUGAAAGACUAUGAGAUGCAGCGCUACCUGAGUUGGAAAACCGAGACUCAGCAGGCUUUACCACUGCUAUUAAAGAAAAGUUUGCUACUCAUGUUCAACAGUGCUGGUGUUGUGUGUGCAGACUUUGCAAAGACAGAUACUGGUGCAGAGAGGAAUGUGGAGAGGGACGUGCGCUUCUCUGUAAAUUUUGCCUUAGAGCUGAAGGAGAUCAUAUCUGAAUCCAAAUACCUGGAUCAGCUGGGCUUUACCGUAUCAGAUUUGGCACGAAACAUUGCUCUGCAGGAAGAAAGGUUCAUGAGGUACAUAAAUGGACUUCAGACAUUAGUGAACCAUUACCAUUCUCUUAUGGACAGUUUAAAUGAUACAGAUUUUUCACUAAUGGCUGAGCAUGUGCAGGAUCUGAGGAAAGUGCUGCAUUAUGGGUGCAAAAGACUCAACUGGAAUUUUCUGAGUAUACCAGAAUUCAUCCAACGUGGAAACCUGGCCACUUCAAAGUUUGAGUCUCUUUUGAACCAAAUUCAAAAGAAUGAAAGAGACAUUGAAGAUAAACUUAAAUUUAUUGAAUCAGCAAACCUUUUCAGAUUCCCAGCACAAGACAAAACAGGACAUGUACCAGGUGUAAAGGAGUUCUUUGAAUUCAUUGAGGUUGAAAGGGCAAAGGUUGUGAACCUGCUGGUAAUUAAGUAUGCAGCAAUCAGUCCUCUCCUCACCAGGAUGGAGAGUCUGAUAGUGGGGACUAAUACUGGCAAAGCCAAGUGCAUGGCUCAGCUGUACACUUACUGGGAGCGCAAGAUCUUUGAUUCACUGACCAAGAUGGUGCUCAAGAAUAUUCAAGUGUUCAACACUGCACUGAUGGGCACAACUCCACUCUUCCAAAUUGACACCAUCCUCUCUGCUCCUGAGAUUGCACUGCAUCCCAAGAUCGGUGAGGUGUACAGGCUUAUUAAGCAGUCUGUUGGUGACUGUGUGGAAACCACUAGGGGGUUUGUUCGCUGGAUGCAUGGCAGUUGCAUCCAGUGUCCUCCACAGCAAGUGAAUAGUGAAGACAAACCAUUAGUCUUCACUUUUUACAGUGACGUUUGUCAGGUUCCACAGAUAAAUGAGAAAAUCACGGGCAUCACCCACAGCAUGCAGCGUCUCCUCAAUGGUGUGAGUGUCUACGUCAAGCACUGGAUGAGCUACCGCUCUCUCUGGAAUCUCGAUAAGUCUAUAGUCUUAGAGAAAUUUGCAGAGAAGAAGCCCUCGUGCGUGAUGUAUGAUGAGAAGUUUCAGUAUUACAUCAAGGUCAGCAAAGAGGUGGCAAAGCAGCCUUUAGUGAAGAACGAGCACAUCAUCAGGCUAAACCUAGAGCCACUGGCCCGUGCCGUGCUGGAGAACGCCCAGGCAUGGAUCACGUCUCUGGGCAGGCUGUUGAAUGACUCGGUGCGAGAGGAACUUUUCAACCUCCGUAAUGAGCUGUUGAAAUUGUCAGAUAAUUUGAAGAGGAGCCCAAGUACCUUGGAGGACCUGAAAUUUAUUCUGGGCACCAUCACAGAAAUCAGAGAUAUGUCUCUAUCAGUAGAGAUGAAAAUCAAUGACAUCCAAGAGAGAUACAGAACUCUUAACAUGUACAGUGUAGAGGUUACAGAGGAGGAGCUGCAGCUAUCUGCGAACAUUGGCAAUCUGUGGAGUGAGCUGUUUCUCGAGUCUAGACAGGUUGACCGCAGUCUGGGAAAAGUAAAGAAGACUUUUUCUGAGAUCACUAUUAAUCAGACUGAGGAGUAUAAACAGGAGCUUUCCAUAUUUGCAGAAAGCUUCAACAUGCAUGGGCCUGGAGCUGUGGGAAAUGAUCUGGAGAAAGGAUUGAUGAUCAUGGACACAUAUGAGACAGAACUAGCGAAGGUAGAGGCAAGCCGUCAGGAACUGGCUAAAGCUGAGAAGCUGUUUAACCUGCCCAUCACUACGUAUCCAGAGCUCCUCAAUGUGCAAAAGGAGAUGAACGGCCUAAGACAGAUCUAUGAGAUUUAUAAGGACCAGAAGGAAGCUAAGGCAGAGUGGUCACAGACCCUGUGGGUAAAUCUUAACAUCGAAGUCCUCCAAGAGGGUAUAGAGGGAUUUAUCAAGAGUUUGCGGAAGUUACCAAAGGAUGUGAGGGCUCUUCCUGUGUCUUUCUUCCUGGAGGGACGGUUGAAGGAGUUCAAAGAAUCGCUCCCCCUCUUGUUGAAUCUAAAGAAUAAAGCUCUUAGAAACAGGCACUGGAAGAACCUGAUGGAAGGGACUGGCACUAGCUUUGAGAUGAACCCAGCCACCUUCACUCUGGAGAACAUGUUCUCCAUGGAACUGCACAAGUAUGGCAAUGUCAUCAAUGACAUUGUUAACUCAGCUGUAAAGGAGCUUGGUAUUGAGAAGGGAGUGAAAGAGGUAGAGGAUACCUGGGAGAAUUUGAAGUUCAAUGUGCAGAGGUACCUAAAAGGCACAAAGGAGCAUGGGUUCAUCCUCGGAGCUGUGGAUGAAAUUCUCCAGCGUCUGGAUGAUGAUGCCAUGAACCUGCAGAGUAUGGCAGGCAGCCUUUUUGUUGGUCCCUUCCUGUCCACUGUGCAAAAGUGGGAGAAACAUCUAUCACUUAUCAGUGAGAUUAUUGAGGUAUGGAUGUUAGUACAACAAAAAUGGAUGUACCUGGAGAGUAUUUUCAUUGGAGGUGACAUUCGCUCUCAGCUACCUGAGGAAGCCAAAAAAUUUGACAAUAUCGACAAAAUAUUCAAAAAGAUAAUGACAGACACAGUGAAGGACCCUGGCAUUAAGAAGUGUUGUCUAGUUCCAAAUCGCCUGACUGAUCUGCAGAAUCUAAGCGAUGGUUUAGAGCGCUGUCAAAAGAGUCUAAAUGAUUACCUUGAUUCCAAACGAAACGCUUUUCCGCGCUUCUUCUUCAUCUCUGACGAUGAGCUGCUCAGUAUUCUGGGCAGCAGUGAGCCUACUUGUGUGCAGGAGCACAUGAUUAAGAUGUAUGAUAAUAUAGCAGCUCUGCGCUUUGAUAUGGGAAUGAAAGGAGAAAUGGUUGCGAAUGCACUGGUGUCCGCGGAAGGGGAGUUGAUGGAGCUCAAGCAGCCCGUACCUGCAGAGGGUUGUGUGGAGGACUGGAUGACUGGAGUGCUGCUGGAGAUGAGGAGAACCAACCGACUCAUCACCAAAGAGGCUAUUUACUUCUACAGUCACCAGAAGUCUAGGGUGGACUGGAUGCUGGACUACCAGGGCAUGGUGGUGCUGGCAGCCAGCCAGGUGUGGUGGACUUGGGAGGUGGAGGAUGUCUUCAAAAGGAUGAAUAAUGGAGAAAAGCAGGCGUUGAAACAGUAUGCAAAGAAAAUGCACCAACAGAUUGAUGAACUGGUGAGGCGCAUCACACAACCCUUAAAGAAGAAUGACAGACGCAAACUCAAUACUGUCCUUAUCAUAGAUGUCCAUGCUAGGGACAUUGUGGACACUUUUGUCAGAGACAGUAUUACAGAUGCCCGUGAGUUUGAGUGGGAAAGUCAGUUGAGGUUCUACUGGGUUAAGGAGCCAGAUGAACUGUUUGUGCGGCAAUGCAGUGCUCAGUUCUCCUAUGGCUACGAGUACAUGGGACUGAAUGGACGGCUGGUUAUUACUCCAUUGACUGACCGUAUCUAUCUCACACUGACUCAGGCCUUGUCUAUGUUCUUGGGUGGAGCACCAGCUGGGCCUGCAGGUACUGGAAAGACUGAAUCCACUAAAGAUCUGGCAAAAGCUUUGGGGCUUUUGUGCGUGGUUACCAACUGUGGAGAGGGAAUGGACUACAUGGCUGUUGGGAAGAUCCUCUCUGGUUUAGCUCAAUGUGGAGCCUGGGGCUGUUUUGAUGAGUUCAACCGCAUUGAUGCCUCUGUGCUGUCUGUCAUCUCCUCUCAGAUCCAAACCAUCCGAAACGCUCUCAUGCUUCAUCUCAAGAGAUUUCAUUUCGAAGGCCAAGAGAUCAAUCUGGACAGCCGUAUUGGGAUCUUCAUCACAAUGAAUCCUGGUUAUGCCGGCCGCACAGAGUUGCCUGAGUCAGUGAAAGCUCUGUUUAGACCAGUGGUGGUCAUCGUGCCUGACCUGCAGCAGAUCUGCGAGAUCAUGCUCUUCUCUGAGGGCUUUCUCAUGGCUAAGGUUUUGGCAAAGAAGAUGACAGUGUUAUACAAAUUGGCACGGGAGCAGCUGUCCAAACAGGCACACUAUGACUUUGGGCUCAGAGCAUUGAAGUCAGUGUUAGUAAUGGCAGGAGAGCUAAAGAGAGGUUCACCCAAUCUCAAUGAGGAUGUCGUCUUGAUGAGGGCUCUUAGAGACAUGAACCUGCCCAAGUUUGUAUUUGAGGAUGUUCCUUUGUUCUUGGGCCUUAUAUCAGAUCUGUUCCCUGGGCUCGACUGCCCACGUGUUCGUUACGCCAGCUUCAACGAUGCCGUAGAAGCCGCCCUGCAAGAGAAUAAUUAUAUUAUGCUGCCCGAUCAGGUGGACAAAGUGGUGCAAAUGUAUGAGACUAUGAUGACCAGACACACCACCAUGGUGGUUGGACCAACAGGGGGAGGGAAAUCUGUGGUGAUCAACACACUCUGCCAAUCGCAAACCAGGUUGGGCCUGCUGACCAAAAUGUACACCCUGAAUCCUAAAGCGAUGAGCGUGAUUGAGUUGUAUGGGAUCUUGGAUCCGGUCACACGAGAUUGGACUGAUGGGAUACUGUCUAACAUCUUCAGAGACAUCAACAGACCCACAGAUAAAAAAGAAAGGAGGUACAUACUGUUUGAUGGAGAUGUGGAUGCUCUGUGGGUGGAGAACAUGAAUUCAGUUAUGGAUGAUAACAAGCUUCUCACAUUGGCUAAUGGAGAGAGAAUCCGUCUACAGAACCACUGUGCGCUACUUUUUGAGGUCGGAGAUUUGCAGUAUGCCUCCCCUGCCACAGUUUCUCGGUGUGGAAUGGUGUUUGUGGACCCCAAGAACCUUCGCUGUGCUCCCUACUGGGAAAAGUGGGUCAACAGCAGACCCUCUAAAGAGCAGACUAAUCUCCGGAAACUGUUUGAAAAGUAUGUACCAAGUGCCAUUGAUAUGAUAGUGGAAGGAAUAGUUGAUGGUAAACAGACAGAGAAAUUGAAAACCGUCAUUCCACAGACAGAUUUAAACAUGGUGAUGCAGUUGACUGUGAUGCUCGAUGCUCUGCUUGAGAAUGAAGACUUCAGUUUUGAAGAUCUGGAGUGUUUUUUUCUGGAAGCACUUUACUGUUCACUGGGGGCUUCUCUUCUGGACAAAGGCAGACAAAAGUUUGAUAAGUUAAUUAAAAAGUUGUCCUGUCUGAAUGAUGUUAACGAUGAGAAGGUUCUUGCCGGCCCUGGAGAGAUUCCAGUUUACUUGCCAACUCUCUAUGAUUUCCACUUUGAUGGGACCCAAAAGAAGUGGGUUCCUUGGAACUCCAUGGUUUCAAUAUACGCUCAUAAUCCUGAUAUGAAAUUUAUUGACAUCCUUGUUCCAACAGUGGAUACCACUCGUGCUAACUGGCUGUUGGAACAAAUGGUGAAGGUGAAAAGGCCAGUGGUGCUGGUUGGAGAGUCCGGUACCUCUAAAACAGCAACCAUACAGAAUUUCCUCAGCAAUCUCAAUACAGAUACAAUAAUGAUGACCAUCAAUUUCUCAUCGAGAACAACAUCCAUGGACCUCCAGAGGACUCUGGAAGCAAGUGUAGAGAAAAGAACCAAGGAUACGUAUGGUCCUCCAAUGGGCAAACGACUUCUGGUUUUUAUGGAUGACCUCAACAUGCCAAGGGUGGAUGAAUAUGGCACCCAGCAACCUAUAGCUCUGCUGAAGCUGCUCUUGGACAGAGGUGGCAUGUAUGACAGAGGCAAGGAACUUAACUAUAAGAUCAUAAAGGACUUGGGAUUUAUUGCCGCAAUGGGAAAAGCAGGGGGUGGAAGGAAUGAGGUGGACCCUCGAUUCAUCUCUCUCUUCAGUGUGUUCAACAUUCCCUUCCCCGAGGAGGAGUCCCUCCAUCUCAUCUACUCUUCUAUUCUGAAAGGACACAUGAAACCCUUUGAGGAAUCCAUCCAAAACAUCUGCGACAAGUUGACAUUUUGUACACUUGAGUUGUACAAAACCAUAAUUAAAGAUCUGCCACCGACACCCUCCAAGUUCCACUACAUCUUUAACUUGAGAGAUCUCUCCAGAGUUUACCAUGGCUUGACACUAACCAAUCCUGAAAGGUUCUCUACGGUCACCCAGUUUGUGCGCGUGUGGAGAAAUGAAUGUUUAAGAGUCUUCCAUGACAGACUUAUCAAUGAAAAUGACAAAAUCUUGGUUCAGGGACACAUAAAAAAUCUGAUUGAAGAGCACUUUAGAUCAGACCUUGAUUCAGCCAUGAGAGAUCCAAUUCUGUUUGGAGAUUACAGAACAGCUCUUAAGUCUGACCCAAGAGUCUAUGAGGACCUACUAGACUAUGAUGCAUCCAAAGCUCUGUUUCAGGAGAUCCUGGAGGAAUAUAAUGAAAGCAAGAUCAGAAUGAACUUGGUUUUAUUUGAUGAUGCUCUUGAGCACUUGACUGUCAUUCAUCGCAUUAUCAGAAUGGACCGAGGACAUGCUUUGCUGGUUGGUGUGGGAGGUUCAGGGAAACAGUCUCUUACAAAGCUUGCUGCCUUUACUGCAGGUUAUGAGGUUUUUGAAAUUGUGCUUAGUAGAGGAUACUCCGAGACUAACUUCCGUGAAGAUCUGAAAACUCUUUACCUUAAAUUGGGUAUAGAGAAUAAGAAAAUGGUUUUUCUUUUCACUGAUGCCCAUGUGGCUGAGGAAGGUUUUCUGGAACUCAUAAACAACAUGCUUACCUCAGGUAUGGUUCCGGCACUUUUCCCUGAUGAUGAGAAGGAAUCAGUACUGAACCAGCUGCGAGAUGAGGCCAUGAAGAUGGGUUGUGGUCCAUCUAAAGAGAGCGUGUGGCAAUACUUUGUCAACAAGAGUGCUAACAACUUGCAUAUAGUGCUGGCCAUGUCUCCUGUAGGAGAAACACUCAGAACACGCUGCAGGAAUUUUCCAGGGUUGGUUAAUAAUACUGGCAUUGACUGGUUCUCCCCGUGGCCGCUUCAGGCUUUACACGCAGUCGCUAAGUCUUUCCUAGGUGAGAGUCCCAUGAUCCCAGAAUGCAAUGCAGAGGCAGUGAUUGAUCAUGUGUGCAUGGUGCACAGCUCCGUAGGCGAUUACAGUAAACUGUUCCAGCAAACUCUUCGUCGAAGCAACUACGUGACCCCCAAAAACUACCUGGACUUCAUUAGCACCUAUUCCAACCUACUGGAGGACAGAGAUAAAUACAUCCUAGCACAAUGCAAACGUCUGGAGGGGGGUUUGGAUAAGCUGAAGGAGGCAAGUGGACAGCUAGCUGAGCUCAACAUUAAACUAGCCGAGCAAAAAGUGGUUCUGGCAGAGAAGGCCUCAGCAUGCGAGAUCCUUUUACAGGAGAUCUGCUCUAAUACUGCUGUUGCGGAGGAGAAGAAAGCUAUGGCAGAGGAGAAGGCUAAAGAGAUAGAGGAGCAAAAUAAGGUGAUAGUGAUUGAGAAGAAAGAUGCUGAGACCUCUCUGGCCGCUGCUCUUCCUGCUUUAGAGGCUGCACGCAUCGCCCUCCAAGACUUGGACAAAUCUGAUGUCACUGAAAUCAGAUCUUUCGCCAAGCCUCCCAAACAGGUGCAGGUUGUGUGCGAGUGUAUCCUGGUGAUACGCAGCUACAAAGAGAUCAGCUGGAAGAUGGCUAAGGGCAUGAUGUCAGAGGCCAACUUCCUGCGCUCACUUAUGGAGAUGGACUGUGACUCCAUCAAUUCAGGUCAAAUCAAAACAGUAAAAGCCUACCUAAAAAACCUUAACACCAGUUUUGAGGAGAUGCAAGCCAUCAGUAAAGCUGGUUCUGGCAUGCUAAGGUUUGUGGAGGCGGUCAUGGGCUACUGUGACGUGGCCAGAGAUAUCAAACCUAAGAGGGAGAAGGUGGCUCGUCUAGAGAAAAACUUUUUCCAAAGCAAGCGUGAACUAGAACGAAUCCAGAAUGAGCUCGGUGCCAUCCAGAAAGAGCUUGGAGCUCUCGGAGAAAAAUAUGAGGCUGCCAUGGCAGAAAAACAGCUUCUGCAGGAGGAGGCGGAGAUAAUGGAGAGAAGACUCAUAGCUGCAGACAAACUUAUCUCUGGCCUGGGAUCAGAGAAUGAGCGGUGGACAGAGGACCUUGAAGAGCUGAAGCAAAGGCGAGUGCGCCUUCUGGGAGAUUGUCUGAUCUGCGCUGCCUUUCUAAGCUAUGAAGGAGCAUUCAACUGGGACCUCCGCUAUGAGAUGGUGUAUGAGGUGUGGCAGAAAGACGUGCGGGAGAGAGGCAUCCCUCUGAGCCAGCCCUUCCGUAUAGAAAACCUGCUCACUGAUGAGGUGGAGAUCAGCAGGUGGGGUUCUGAAGGUCUUCCUCCAGAUGAGCUUUCAGUGCAGAACGGCAUCCUGACCACCAGAGCCAGCCGCUUCCCCUUGUGCAUCGAUCCGCAGCAGCAAGCCCUCAACUGGAUCAAAAAGAAGGAGGAGAAGAACAAUUUGAAGAUCUCAUCAUUUAAUGACCCAGACUUCUUAAAGGGACUGGAGUUGGCCAUUAAAUAUGGCUUCCCUUUUCUGUUCCAAGAUGUGGAUGAAUAUAUUGACCCAGUUAUUGACAAUGUCCUUGAGAAGAACGUGAAAGGGACAGAGGGACGUCAGGUUGUUGUACUGGGUGAUAAAGAAAUUGACUAUGAUCCCAACUUCAAACUCUACCUUAAUACCAAACUGGCAAACCCCAAGUUUUCUCCUGCAGUAUUUGGGAAGGCCAUGGUUAUUAACUAUACCGUGACACUUAAGGGCCUGGAAGACCAGUUGCUGAGUGUCAUCGUGGGAUUUGAGCGGAAAGAGCUGGAGGAGCAGAGAGAGCGUCUCAUUCAGGAGACCAGUGAGAACAAGCGUUUGCUAAAAGAUCUAGAGGAUUCGCUGCUGAGAGAGCUGGCCACCUCUACAGGAAACAUGCUGGAUAACAUGGAGCUGAUCCACACCCUGGAAGAAACCAAAUCCAAGGCCAUCGAGGUGUUUGAGAAACUAAAGCUGGCAGAAAAGACGGCCAUUGACAUUGACACACUGAGAGAUGGCUACCGCCCAGCCGCUAAGCGUGGGGCUGUCCUAUUCUUCGUCCUGGCUGAGAUGGCUCUGGUCAACAGCAUGUAUCAGUAUUCACUCGCAUCAUUCUUGGAGGUGUUUGAUCUCUCCCUGUCCAAAUCCUUGCCUCACGCCAUCCUGCCCAACAGACUGAAGAACAUCAUGGACACACUUACACAGAACGUCUACAACUACGGCUGUACUGGUCUGUUUGAGAGGCACAAACUUCUCUUCUCCUUCAACAUGACUAUUAAAAUUGAGCAGGCUGAGGGUCGAGCUCCUCAGGAUGAACUAGAGUUCUUCCUCAAAGGUAACCUGUCCUUGGAGAAGAGUCAACGUAAGAAGCCGUGUGCCUGGCUGCCUGAUCAAGGUUGGGAGGAUAUUGUGCGUCUUAUGGAACUCUUUCCUAAUGAGUUUGGAUCUUUAGCUGAUGAUAUAGAGAAGAAUCCUGAAGAAUGGAAGACCUGGUACGAUCUGGAUGGUCCAGAGCAGGCUUCCUUCCCCAUGAAGUACAAAGACCACCUCACUCCCUUCCAGAAGCUUCUGCUGAUCCGCUGCUUCAGGCUCGACCGAGUCUUCAGAGCCGUCAGUGAUUAUGUCACACUUACCAUGGGAGAGAAAUAUGUGCAGCCUCCAGUGAUCAGCUUUGAAGCUAUCUUUGAGCAGAGCUCGCCAAACUCUCCCAUCGUGUUUAUUCUGAGUCCAGGCUCCGAACCAGCCAAUGAUCUGUUGAAGCUAGCCAAACGCACAGGCUUUGGAGCCAACAGACUCAAAUUUCUCGCUAUGGGGCAGGGACAAGAGAAGGUUGCACUGCAGCUGUUGGAUACUGCAGUGGCUAGGGGUCAGUGGCUGAUGCUGCAGAACUGUCACCUGUUGGUGAAAUGGCUGAAGGAUCUAGAGAAAGCUCUGGAGAGAAUUACAAAACCCCAUCCAGACUUUCGCCUGUGGCUUACAACAGAGCCCAUUAAAGACUUUCCCAUCGGCAUCUUGCAGAAGUCCCUGAAGGUUGUAACAGAACCUCCAAAUGGGCUGAAGCUGAACAUGAGGGCAACAUAUUUUAAGAUUCCUCACGAUAAGCUGAUGGGUUGUGCUCACCCAGCUUUUCGCAGUCUGGUUUAUGUGCUGGCCUUCUUCCAUGCUGUGGUACAGGAAAGACGCAAGUAUGGAAAGAUCGGCUGGAAUGUGCCUUACGAUUUCAACGAGUCCGACUUCCUGGUGUGUAUGGAAAUUUUGGACACCUACCUUACCAAAGCCCAAACUCAAGGAGAUGCCAUGAUACCAUGGGGAAGUCUCAAAUACCUAAUUGGAGAGGUAAUGUACGGCGGCAGAGCUAUUGACAGCUUUGAUCGCAGGAUCCUCACAAUUUACAUGGAUGAGUAUCUGGGAGAUUUCAUCUUUGACACCUUUCAGCCCUUCCACUUCUUCCACAAUAAAGAUGUGGACUACAAGAUCCCACCAGACGGACCCAAGCAGGUUUAUGUCGAUGAGAUCGAAUCGCUCCCCCUUGCUAACACAGCAGAGGUGUUUGGUCUGCACCCCAAUGCUGAGAUCGGAUACUACACACAGGCUGCCCGAGACAUGUGGUCUCACCUUAUAGAGCUACAACCACAGACAGGUGACUCCGGUGGUGGCUUUAGUCGAGAUGAGUAUAUCAGCCAGGUGGCGCGGGACAUCCAGAGCAAACUGCCCGAAGUGUUUGACCUCGACGUGAUCCGCAAGAAGUUUGGGCUUGAGAUCUCUCCAACGUCUGUAGUACUGCUUCAGGAGCUGGAGCGCUUUAACAAACUCAUUGUAAGGAUGAGACGGUCUCUGGCUGAACUACAGCGGGCGCUUGCUGGAGAGGUUGGAAUGAGCAGUGAGUUGGAUGAGGUGGCGAGAGCUCUGUAUAAGGGCCAAAUUCCUGUUAUCUGGAGGAAACUGGCUCCAGACACUCUCAAAUCUCUUGGAAACUGGAUGAUUCACUUCAAAAGACGACAUGAGCAGUACUGCUCAUGGGUGGAUGAGGGCGAGCCCGGCGUGAUGUGGUUGUCAGGAUUACAUAUCCCCGAAUCAUACCUGACAGCACUGGUCCAGGCCACCUGCAGGAAAAAUGGCUGGCCACUGGACCACUCCACCCUGUACACACAGGUUACACAAUACAUGAGUGAGGAAGAAGUCAAAGAAAGACCGGUACAGGGAUGUUUUGUAUCAGGUCUUUAUCUGGAGGGGGCAGACUGGGACGUUGAAAAAGGCUGUCUGGUCCGCAGCAAACCCAGAGGUCUAGUGACCCAGCUGCCCAUUCUCAAAAUCAUACCUAUUGAAGCACGUCGCCUUAAACUCCAGAAUACCUUGAGGACUCCGGUCUACACCACCUCCAUGAGAAGAAAUGCUAUGGGUGUUGGAUUGGUAUUUGAGGCCGAUCUUUACACCACUAAACACAUUUCUCACUGGGUACUGCAAGGAGUAUGUCUUUGUCUCAAUGCUGACUGAGUCUCUUGAUGUUUUAAUUGUU